AUGGGGGCCAUAAAGCUGUUGAUAUUAACUGCAUUAUGUUAUACUACUUAUGCAGUUCAUUUUGAAUUACCAACAUCAAGAACUACAAUUUUUGGUGAUGAAAUGUUAGAAGGAGAAAUUUUUGAAGACCUGAUCAAUAGAAAUACAAUUACAGGUUUCAAUAUCAACCCUAGUGAAUAUCGGUUACCGAGAACAACGCGGCCAGUAGAAUAUGAUCUUCUUCUACAUGUUCAUAUGGAAAGAUUAGCUUUUAACGGUACAGUAACCAUUUACCUUCACGCUACACAACCGAAUGUAAGUGAAAUAAUUAUUCACACUGAUGAAUUAUGGAUUGAAUCAGUUAUUCUGAAAAAGGAUAAUGUCAGUAUACCACAAUCAUUUGUCGAGGAGGAAGAAUUAGAUUUCCUUCGGGUACAGCUGACAAAUGGCACGUUAGAAUAUAGUGACGAGGAUAUUAUGUAUGAACUUAUUGUAAAUUUCGGAGCGGAAUUGCGACAUGAUAUGACCGGAUUAUAUAGAAGUUGGUUUCGAAACGAAAAUUAUACGGAACCAGUAAGUUAUGUAGCAACAACACACUUUCAAGCUACAGCAGCUAGAAGGGCAUUUCCCUGUUAUGACGAACCAGGUUUCAAAGCGAAAUUCAACAUAGUUAUUCGAAGACCUUCCUCAUACCGCAGUUGGACUUGUACCAAACAAUCGUCUACAAGGGAACCCUCAAUCCCAAUAGCUAAUUAUGAGGAAGAUGUUUUUGCGGUAACCCCAGUUAUGUCCACUUAUUUAUUGGCCUUUACUAUUGCUGAAUAUAAUUCAACUGAAGUAUAUGACGAUGACGGUCGUCUUUUGUAUGAAGUAAUUGCAAGACCCGCGGCUAUACGCGACAAUCAGCAGCAAUACGCACUUGAUUUUGGACAGAAACUUUUAAGGAGAAUGAGUGAUCAUGUUGGCAUAGAUUUCUAUGAUAUUGAUAAGAAUCUAAAAAUGACGCAAGCAUCUAUAUCCGAUUUUGCAGCUGGUGCUAUGGAGAACUGGGGAUUAUUGAUAUACAGGGAAGCGUAUCUUAUGUACAAUGCAAAUCAUACUAACAGUAAUUAUAAACAGCUUAUUGCCUACAUUAUGUCCCACGAGAUUGCUCACAUGUGGUUCGGAAAUCUGGUAACUUGCGAUUGGUGGAAUGACUUAUGGCUUAAUGAAGGCUUUGCUAGAUAUUAUCAAUAUUUUCUCACAGAUUGGGAAGACCAUGAAUUGGGUUUCGAUCAACGUUUCAUAAAUGAACAAGUACACGCAACUUUGCUUGCUGAUUCUGUUGAAUCUGCACAUCCUCUCACCGCCUCUGGUAUUGGAAGUCCAACUCAAGCUCGAAGCAUGUUUACAACUAUCACUUACGGUAAAGGAGCAACUAUUAUCAGAAUGACUGAGCAUCUUCUGGGAUUUGAUGUUCAUACCCAAGGUCUGAAAUAUUACUUGGACAGCAGACAAUUCAAUACAGUAUUGCCAAUUCAUCUUUCUGAAGCUCUCCAAAGAGCUGCAGUGGAAGCUGGAGCAAUAGUAGAGUAUGGGCCCGAUUUCUCUGUUAUUGAGUAUUACAAAACAUGGUCCACACAAGGUGGUCAUCCUGUACUUAACGUCCAAGUUAACCAUCAGACUGGUCAAAUGAUAGUUGUUCAGCGUCGUUUCAAUAUCAACGUCGGUUAUGGAACAGCAUCAACGAACUGGAUUAUACCAAUCACAUUUGCUACUGCUGAUGAUCCAGAUUUCAAUAACACGAAGCCUACUCAUAUUAUCACAGAUAGUAUUACUGUCAUUGAUCGCGGAUCGAUAGGCGAUCAAUGGGUUAUCUUUAAUAAACAACAAACAGGAUACUAUCGCGUAAAUUACGACAACUACACAUGGGAUCUCAUUGCUAUAGCUUUGAAGACAAACAGGACUAUUAUUCAUGAGUACAAUAGGGCACAAAUUGUCAAUGAUGUCUUCCAAUUUGCGCGUUCAGGAUUAAUGGAAUAUAAAAGAGCACUAAAUAUUCUUUCUUUCCUUGAAAACGAAACAGAAUACACGCCGUGGGUGACAGCAAUGACUGCUUUCACUUGGUUAAGAAAUAGAUUCGCGAGUACACCAUAUUUGGCAGACCUUGAGAGACUUAUCAUUGAUUGGUCUAGAAACAUAAUGGCUGAUCUCACUUACGAUCCUCAAGAUGGAGAAUCCUUCAUGAGAUCGUAUUUAAGGUCUCAAUUAGCUCCAAUCAUGUGUGCCAUGAAUGUCACCGAGUGCCAAGAAGCCGCUAUAGGAGAAUUCAAUCUCCUAAGGAAUAAUGAAACUUAUGAGGUUCCCGUCGACAGUCGCAACUGGGUAUACUGUAAUGCAUUGCGUAAAGGUUCAGAGGAUGAUUUUGAAUACCUAUGGCAGAGAUAUAAGAGCCAUCAUGUAUAUAACGAGAAGAUAUUACUUCUCUCAGUCCUUGGUUGCACUCCGCAUAGAAAUUCACUAUACACUUACAUGGAUGCAAUUGUCACUGAAAACUAUUUAAUUCGUCGACAAGAUUAUACCACAGCAUUCAAUUCAGCUGUAAGUGGAAAUGAAGUGAAUACACAAAUAGCAUUUCAAUAUAUCAAGGACAAUUUGACUUUAGUUGAUAAUGCGUUUGUAGUGAGGUCAACUUUAGCAACCCCGCUCUCAUAUGUGUCAGCCAGAUUAAGAAGCGAAGAAGAAAUAAACGAAUUUGAGCAAUGGGCGAGAGACAAUCGCGUGGCUUUGGGUGUUCAUUACAAUGAAAUAAUGAGUGGUGCAACAUCUGCCCGUAAUAGUCUGAACUGGGUCCUAGCAGCGCAAGACGACGUCCUAGACUACCUUAUAAAUAAAGGCGAUGACAUAACAACCACUACUGCAGCUAGUACUACAACAUCGACUGUUUCAACAGUAACUGCAGAUAUCGUCGUAGCACCGCCUACACCAGAGCUGCCCGACUCUGCUGUCACCACAGCGUUAUCACUAGUGUUAUUAACAUUGUCGUUUUGUGUUAACGUUAUGUUUUGA